AUGAAAAGAAGAGAAGUUGACGUUGAUAAGGACACUAAAACAGUUGAAGGUUGCUUUUUGGUAUUGCGUCAAGUUAUCAGCGGUGAUAGAAGAAUACAUCGAUCAAAAAUAGAGAAUAAUUCCAUGAUCCAAGUUGCAUUCUUAUAUGUAGAUAACGAAUGUCUUUCUUCCGAUGAAGUCAAAUCCCUUGAAGAAUCUCACGAUAAAUUGGGAUUAAAAUGGUUCAACCGUUGA